GGGGGUGGCGUGGCAGAGCACAGUGCCUCCCCUAGAUAUAUACUAAUAUCCUUCCGCUAGAUUGCGCGAGCAGCGGCUGGUGCCGUGGCCGCCGAUUCCAGAAUAUCUUCCGCCGGAUCCAUAAGAGGAGGAGACGGCCGCUUCAAGAUUAAUACUUCUUUUAUUGCUGCACCGCUGUAAUCUCCCGGCAUAUCUUCCACCUCCGCUGCCCUACCUUCCGGUUCCCAUCACGGCUGCGUCGCCGAGGAGUCUCAGAGCUUGUUAGGUGCCGCAGGAGGGAAGAUUUCAAAUUUGUUUUAUGGCCAAGGAUAUUUGAGGUUGUGCUUGUUAAGAACUAGGCUCUUGCAGCUAUAUCCAAUUCUACUACUGAGUUUUCCUUGGCCCAAACAUUUUUGUGUCCAAGACUGGUAGAGACAGUCUCAUUCUUUUUAUGGGAGAAUAUAUGACUUUAAAAUCUAUGAAGAACACCUUUUUAUGUCAGAAGGAGAAAUCAAAGUCAUCAGUAAAUUUUUUGGAUUUAUCCUCAAGCUCGAGUUCGCCAGUUGUGGAUGGUGUUUGUUUUGUUCCUACUUCAGAAGAUGAUCACCAUUUGUAUAAACGAAGGAGGAUGGACAAGAAAUGUCAUUUUGUUCCGACAAAUACAAAUGGAAAUAAGAAUAGGAGUACAAGCAGAAAUGUGAUCAAGAGUGCAACAGAUGGAAAUGCGAGGAAAAGUACAACCAGAAGUUCUGCAACUUUUGAAGAUAUUUCGCCCCGGGUCCAAAAAUUUGGGAAAGCACUUAUUGUUCCUUCAGAUGGAGAAGUUUCAAAAUCUGAAACAAACAUUGUUGAAUAUACAAAAGAAUAUAAAGAUACCGCAGAAGCUUCUAAAAGUUCUUGGAAAAACUCGUCAGUGUCACUUUCUACUGUGGAUGAUAGGAAGUCAAUUUCCAUAUCAAGCAGGCCAUCUUAUAUAAAUCACAAGGUACAGGAUUCCAGGGAGUCUGAUACAGAAUCACUUAUGGAGUUAACAUCAAGGGAGGUUUGCAUAUCCUUGCUCGAAAGGGAUAUAGUUCUCAUCGAAAAAUCAGAGCUCAGCAGCACAUCAACUACAUUAACCCAUGAUGAUAAUGAAAGCAACACUUUAUUUGCAUGCAAGAGUUGUGGGUCUUUUGAAGAUCCAUGCCGCAUGUUAAUAUGUGAUCGUUGUGAAGAAGCAUUCCACUUGCUUUGCUGCCACCGUCGCAUCAAGAAAAUACCAGAUAAUGAUUGGUAUUGCCUGGAUUGUUCAAGGAAGAAACCUAAGAGGCAGCGUGAGAUGUUGCCGAGUACAAAAGGAUCAGCCAAGCAUAUUCAAAGACCUCUCCAAGUUCUUGGCUCAAAAGGAGAUAUGUUGACGAAUGCUGAACCAUAUGAAACUCAAGUAAGGAUUGGUAGAGACUUCCAAGCAGAAGUUCCAGAGUGGUCCGGUCCAAUUUCUGGCAGUGAUGACUAUUUUGUUGAACCUGCUGAACUUGAUGCCACUGAAAUGACAAAUCUGAGUUUGCAGUUGUCACUAAGGCGUGAGGACAAGAAAACCAGCAUUGGUAACUGGAUUCAGUGCCAAGAAGUCUUGGACACAGGUGCUAUUUGCGGCAAGUGGCGGAGGGCACCACUUUUUGUCAUUCAGUCGAGCGAUUGGGAUUGCUCAUGUUCAGUUCUUUGGGAUCCAAUUCAUGCUGAUUGUGCUGUUCCGCAGGAAUUGGGUACCGCUGAAGUGCUUCAGCAACUGAAGUACAUAAAUAAGCUGAAGCUGCGUCUGGACAGUUAUAAGCAGAAACGCUGAAAGAUCUACAACCGUCAGAACAGGAUUUGUCGGCAAAGAAACCUGCAGAGAGGGAAACCGCCGCACCAGUCCCAGCCCUAGUCCCUCCUGCACUGUACCGCUGAUGGUUGAAUCUCUAGCUCAGUUAUCCCCAGUUGGCCUUGGAAUGAGGAGAGGUUCUGUGGCGUCGCCUCCGACCAUCUAGUUCUGCCUCCCGGCAAUGUCUCCUUGCUUUUGAAGCAAAUGGCCUUGCUGGUCGAGGAUUAGAAGCGAGUUUUUUUUAUCUGUUCUUUUAGCGAGAUGUAGAACCGAAGGCUCCCGUUACCGUCAGGCGAGCCUACAGCCUUGUGGAGUGAAAUCGUGAUGGAAUUUGUGUUUGACCCUGAACAGUAGGGGAGCCCUUGUCGAGUUUAUUGAUGCACUGAUUGAAUGGAAAGAAUCAUUAUGCAUCACAUUUGUUUGUUA